AUGCAAGGCCCGCUCUCUCGGCAGCAACUGAAGCAGCAGCGGGACAGGCUGAAGCAGUACCAGAAGAGGGUCACCCAGCAGCUGGAGCGGGAGCGGGCCAUGGCCCGGCAGCUGCUGCGCGACGGCAGGAAGGAGCGGGCCAAGCUGCUGCUCAAGAAGAAGCGAUACCGGGAGCAACUCCUGGACAAGACGGAGAGCCAGAUCAGCAGCCUGGAGACAAUGGUGCAGAGCAUUGAGUUCACCCAGGUGGAGAUGAAGGUGAUGGAGGGGCUGCGGCUUGGGAACGAGUGUCUGAAUAAGAUGCACCAGGUGAUGUCCAUAGAAGAAGUGGAGCGGAUCCUGGACGAGACCCAGGAGGCCGUGGAGUACCAGCGGCAAAUAGAUGAGCUGUUGGCAGGAAGCUUCACUCAGGAGGACGAAGAAGCCAUCCUGGAGGAGCUGGAUGCCAUCACUCAGGAACAGAUGGAGCUCCCAGAGGUUCCUUCAGAGCCUCUUCCUGAGAAGAACCCAGAGAAAGUCCCCGUCAAGGCCAAGCCCAGGCAGGCAGACCUGGUGGCAGCUUCAUAACUCAGCCUCCUCUAGUAGGACUCCCAGGGAUGCCCAAGGACUGUGGCCCACAGACGGUUUGGGUGCACGGCCAGUUCGACUGGCUCCCAGGAGGCCGUGCGGCUGGUGCUGGCGUCGGAUGGAUGACUCUACAGCACUUCCUCGUGCAGGCUAAAGUCUGAGCGCACUUGGCGCUGCUGUCUUGCUCUCGUUUCUGGAUUAAAUGACAACGUUCAAACCCUCGGCCGCGCACAGCCUCUGAUGGCUGUGGUUCCCAUGGUGGCUGCGGCCCAGGCCUGACAUUCCUGGUGCUGUCCAUGCCGUCCCCAGCCCCAUGUGGCUCGCGCUUUUCUGCAGGGAAGGUGCCAGCAGGCCGCGGGUCCCUGCACCUCUUCUGCACUUCCUUGCUCCUGUCAGCUGCCGGGGGGCUUCAGUUAAGGGGUCCCUACCUUCACCUGGCUUCCUGACAUGCCUCGGUUUCCAUGUAGGUUGGGGGUGGGAUCCCCAGGAAAUGGUGUUUGCUGAACCUCUCGGUGACUCUGCCUCAGGGCUCCAGACGCAAGCCUCUCCUGUUUGGGGGUGGGGGGCCAGCGGACCGUCCCUGCUGGACUGAUGGCUCCAGGGGCCCUGGCUUACCCCUUGUCACUUUCGUGGGUCUGUGCACAGUGGUUCAGCCCUGUGAGGAAGGACAUCUUGAGGGUGGUGGUGAGACCCUGCUCCAGCAGGUCCAGCCCUCUGUUUGCCCAUGGGGGACCCUGCAGCCUGGGUUCCUGAACCUGCAGAGACCUGGGGUGCUUGACCUGCCAGCUUCUGAGCUACCAGCACCGAGAAAAGGCUGCAGAGCAUGGACGUGACUUACCUCCUGCAUGGUUUGGUUCUGUUACGGGACAGUCUCGCUGGGAUCUCACUGCUGUCUGAGCAGCAAGCAAAGGCCCACUAAGAACAAAUGGGGGGGGCUCUUCCUUCCCCUCCAACAGGUGGACCCCACUAUUAAAGGUGGCCCCUCCCA